AUGGAAAACCUAUCAGAGGAUACAGGCAAAGAAUGUUCAGAGAAUGGAGGAACAGAGGAGGGUUUGAGUCGACUGAGCAACGUAUAUGUGACCAGGCCAGAGCCAUCAGAAGGAACGGAAAAUUUGGUGAACGAUGUAAAUGUGGAGGAAAAUGAUCAGCAAAAUGGUGGGUUUGUUGUCGAAGAUGAUGUGUUAGAGAAUAUCUUGUCUGAGAGUCAAAGGGUAAUUGUUGAGAAUCUAAGAAAAAUUUAUGUUGAAAAGAGAACCGCAGAAGGAAUAUCCUUUAAAAAGGUUGAUAAGAACAAACUGAAGAGAGAAAUUAAUAGAGUAAAUCAAGUGAUUCGUCACAUUGAAACCAAAAACAUCACAGAAACUAAUGAAUUGAUAAGGGCAGCAACUGUAUGGGUUGCAGAACAGCUAGGGUUAAAGAAGCCGGAAUUUAGAGCUAAGAAAGAUCCUUGGUGGAAACGCCGCAUUGAAGAUGAUAUCAAAAGAAUAAGGAAAGAUGUAAACAUACUAGAGAGAGACCUAAGAGGUGAACUCAGCCACAAGAAAAGUAAAACAUUGCAGAGACUGAAAGAGAAAUAUCGGGUGCAUAAGAAAGGUAUUAAAACUGUGAUUGAAGAAUUGAAACAAAGAAUGAUUGCCAAAAGUGCAAAAAUUAAGAGAUACGAUCAAAGGAUUAACCAGUUCAGACAAAAUCGAACAUUUAGUAUUGACCAGAAAAAAAUUUACAAGGAAAUGAAUGGGGGUGAAGCUAGAACAAACGAGGUACCAGAUGCUGAGGAGAGUAGAAGGUUUUGGGGUGAUAUUUGGACAGUGGAGAAGGAACAUAACAAAGGUGCAGAAUGGCUGUCUGAGUUAAAGAAUGAAGUUAAAGGGAGACACUCACAGGAAGGGGUCACUAUAAGUAUUGAAAAUGUCAGAAAACAAGCUAAGAAAAUGCCAAACUGGAAGGCUCCAGGCAAAGAUGGUGUCCAGGGAUAUUGGAUCAAAAACAUGACCAACAUGCACGACAGAAUUGCUAACCAACUAAAUAAGAUUUUGAUGGGAACGGAUUCCCUUCCCAAAUGGUUAACACAUGGACGGACUGUGUUGUGCCAGAAGGAUCCCAAGAAAGGGAAUGCGGUUGAGAACUAUAGGCCGAUAACAUGCCUUCCACUGAUGUGGAAACUGAUGACAGGAAUCAUAGCUGAUCAAAUGUACGAUUACCUAGAAAAAGAACAUCUACUACCUGAUGAACAGAAGGGUUGCAGGCGAAAGAGCCGGGGUACAAAAGAUCAGUUAUUGAUUGACAAAACAAUCUUGAAGGAUUGCAGGAAAAGGCACACUAAUCUGGCUAUGGCGUGGAUAGACUAUAAGAAAGCUUAUGACUUCGUUCCCCAUAGUUGGAUUAGUGAAUGCAUGGAAAUGUUUGGAAUAGCUGGUAACGUGAGAGAGUUUUUGCAAAGAAGCAUGGUGCAGUGGAAGUUGUCCUUAACUUCCAAUGGAGAGGAACUUGGCGAUGUGGAUGUUAAAAGAGGGAUAUUCCAAGGGGAUAGUUUGUCACCAUUAUUAUUUGUCUUGAGCAUGAUACCCUUAUCGUCAUUACUCAGAAAGGUAAAUGUAUGCUAUGAGUGGGGGACAAAGGAGUAUAAACUUAAUCACCUACUCUUUAUGGAUGAUUUAAAACUAUAUUCCAAGAGUGAAGAACAGAUAGACUCCCUUAUACAGACUACUCACAUUUUUAGUAAUGAUAUAGGCAUGGAAUUUGGAAUCAAGAAAUGUGGGGUUCUAGUCCUAAAAAGAGGGAAGAUUGUUAGAUGUGAGGGCAUAGAAUUACCGAAUGAUGAGAUAAUAAAAGAAGUUGGACAAGAAGGAUAUACUUAUCUGGGUAUUGUGGAAUUAGAUAAGGUGAAGGAGAAUGAAAUGAAAGAGAAAACAAUGAAGGAGUAUAAGCGACGGCUGCGGUUAAUUCUAAAGUCCAAGUUGAAUGGAAGAAACAAGAUAACUGCAAUUAAUACCUGGGCAAGUGAUGUAGACAGACUAUAUAUAAAAAGGAAGGAAGGAGGUCGUGGCCUUAUCAGUGUGGAACAAUGUGUAAAAGGAGAAGAAAACAGCUUAGGUUUUUAUGUGGCAAACUCAGAAGAGUUGUUGAUAAGAGGUGUGUGUGCUUCAGGAACCAUACAGACAGAGGAGACAAUGGAGAAGGAAGAAUUCAAAAGGAGAAAGGCAGAAGAGCUCAAACAGAAAUGGACAGGAAAGGCAAUGUAUGGGCAAUUCGUUAGAGAGAUGCCAGAAAAGGUAGACAGGGUUAAAUCUUGGGAAUGGCUGUCAAGGAGUGAUUUGAAGGUUGGAACGGAAGCUGUCAUAUGUGCUGCACAAGAACAAGCAAUAAGGACCAACUACGUGAAGCAUUAUAUAGAUAAGAGCAGCGACAGUCCACUGUGUAGAAUGUGUGGUAAACGAGGUGAAAGCAUACAACAUAUUGUUUCAGAGUGCGAGAAAUUAGCUCAGAAAGAGUACAAAAAACGUCACGAUAACGUGGCAAAGAAAGUACACUGGGAUUUAUGUAGGAAACAUGGGCUUCAGCAUUCAGAUAAGUGGUAUGAACACACCCCAGAGGGUGUUGUUGAGAACGAGGCCGUGAAAAUUCUGUGGGAUAUCAAUGUACAAUUGAUUGGUGCCCUCGGAAGUGUUACAAAAGAUCUUGAAUGUUGGAUUGAAAAUAUGGACAUUGUGCCAGAGGUUGGAGUACUGCAGAAGACUGCUUUAUUGGGGACAGCACGAAUACUGAGAAAAGUGCUAGAACUUUAA